GGGCCGGGUUUCAAAACCUAGCGCGCUGCCUACUCAGACGACAUUUGUAGGUGUUUCAGCUGCUGAGUCGGAAUGCCUUCAAACGCCGUCUCGCUUCCUUCAAGAAAGAGCAAGUACACUAAAGCCUUAGCCAACGCCCCGCACACUCACUCCGCUCGCGCUCACUCCAGCUCUGCUGCUGCGCUACAGUCCGACACACUCACUCCGCUCGCGCUCUGCUGCGCUACAGUCCGACACGCUCGCGCUCUGCUGCGCUACAGUCCGACACACUCACUCCAGCUCUGCUGCUGCGCUACAGUCCGACACGCUCGCGCUCUGCUGCGCUACAGUCCGACACACUCUGUGUUUUAACAGACUAGUGUCUGUGAGAGUUUGCUGAUACGGGCUCUAGGCUUCCUAAGAAGGCGCUAUUUCAUAGGAAAACGUUACAGAAUGGCAGAAACCGAGGGAAGUCCGUUCGGAGGCUGUUUGGAGAAACUCAAGAGCUACGUGCGAACUCGGAAAGGAACCAUCCUGACCGCUGAAAUACUCCUCAGUUUCAUCAUCCUUAUCUGUUACGCCGCGUCAAUGUAUGGCGGGUAUUCAGCGGUCGCCAUCUGUGAGAUGGUCUUUGCCAUCAUCUUCUUCGUUGUCUUCAUGAUGGAGCUGGACAAACAGUUCCUGGUGGUGAACUGGCUCUGGAGCGAUCUCAUCCGCGCUGUAAUCGGUGCAGCACUUUAUCUCAUAACCUCUCUGAUCUGUGUGAUCGGCGGAUCUGGGGACGGGGCUCGCAUCGCUGGCGGGGUGUUCGGUCUGGUGGCUGGGAUCUUGUUUGCUUAUGAUUCCUACACGAUUUUCUUGGACAUCAAGAGCGGCAGACAGCAUACAGCUGCUCCCACAGAUGACACAGUUUGAAUCUACUUUCCUCACUACACCAUUAACAGCCACCAAAACAUGGAGGACAAGUCUAAAAAUGGCAAAAGGAAUGAAUUCCUGAGAGUUAUCGCAAAGUUACCAUGAGAGAUGAAGACCAGAGGCAUGCAAAAGGGACAAAACUUUACACAACACAAGAGGUUUAUGUAUAAAGGGAUCCAUUACCGUCAUCUUGGUCAGGCGGCUUUUGUUACCACAAUUUAUUUGUUUGCUUUAGUGGUUACAAAAGCACUAUCACAACAUUUAAUAAGAGAUAGGGCUAAUAAAAUCAUCAGAUAAAACUGACGAUUUGUAUACAAUUUACAAAAGAGAUUCAAAGUCAGUCCGUCUUCUCAUUCUUUAAUAGACAAAGACACAUUUUGACCAAGUGAUUUUAAACAAAGUCAUUAUUAAUAAGUUGUGUUGGAAACUUGAUUUAAUUCAGUCUGGUGCUGUUUUUUUAUGAUAAAGCAUGAAGGUUGCAUACGUUUGUUAUGGGGUAAAAUUUCAGUGUAAUUCGUAACUGAAGCUAAAUUCUAUUGAUCAACUAUUGAUCGUUCUUGUGUUUUGUGCUUAAAAUAAGUUAGUUGUAUAAGGUUAAUCAAACAGGAUUUGAGACGGAUAUAUCCAACUCAGGUGCGGUCAAGAAAAAGUCACACAUUUAAAGGGAUUUUCUCUUUCUUUAAACUGAAAAGAAAUGAAUCUCAACCCUAAUAUAUUCCAUGGUUGCACAGAUUUGUACUGCAAAAAGUUCUAAUGUCCAUGUGUUUGGUACAAUAUGUUCAUUUUCAUUCAUUGCCAUUAAACCUGUUACCUCAAGAGUUGCUCAGUAUCUUAAUGCCAUAAGUAUUUUUUGUUAUGAUUCUAAUAAUGAACUGAUCACAUAUAUUAAUAUAUCUUCAUUUACAGCCUCUAUAGUUCAACCCUAAUGAGGAAUGUAGAGUAAGACAUACUAAAAUAGCACUCGCAGUUUGUCAGCAUUCAUGAUUUCCCAAGAAAAUAUUAUGAAUAAAUAUCUGUUCGCUCAACUGUAUAGUAAGACUUUUUUUUGACGUGCAUUAAAAGAGAUUAUUCAGAAGUAUUUAGUUAUUCAAACGUGCUGUCAGACGCUUGUCUAAGUCAGAGAUUCAUAAAUCUGCAGUUUUAGUAAGACUCAAUAAUUUGGCCUGCUUUUUUUUAUCCAUUUAUAACAUGUUUCAAUUGUUGUAACCAUUUAUGAAUUAUAUAUUCCAAUGUACGAAGACUGCCUGGUUUUUCCUCUCAUGUCUGUAUUGUUUUUGCAACCUCAGCUCCACUCCAAUGACUUCCUGAAAGCAUUUAUUUGUGAGAUGGUUCUGUAAAAAAUGAUAAACUCAGGAUGUUCUGCUCUUUUUAAACGGACACUUUUAAAGAAACAGUUUAUUGGAUGUUUUUGGUUUUACAAGUACAGCACGUGGAAAUAAUUCUGCAGAAUUUGUCUCUUUCUAACAGAUGUGGCUGGUAUUUGGAUAACAUUUAAUAAAAGGCUGUUACAACGUGUUGAGCUGCUACAAGUGUGUGCCCUUGCACCUCACUGAAGACCUGCUGGCGUGAAACCAAUCAUUUAGACUGCAAAUAAUAUCACAAAUUUACUUCAUAUUAAAAAUAUUUGCAUGACAAUUUUUUUUACAUUUAACAUAAAAAAAGAGUUUUGCUGUAUUCAAGGAUAGACGGUUGAUUAUUCCAGGUGACUUGAAUAUUUGUCACUAGAUGGCAGCAUCUACAUUCACU